UUUCUCGGCGUAUGAGCCUAUAAAAGGAGAUACAGUUAUCGUGGUGAUCCUGGUUUGCUUGAAUAAAAGUAUUCUAGGUUAGAUUCUUCGCGAAGUCUUGACGUGGAGGAGGCGUUGCAGUUACGCUACAUGACAGCUCUAUCAGUCCCAGUCCCAGUCCAUCGAAAUCUAUCAACGAUACAUGAUACAUCAAACUGUCAACCGCGGCAACGGAUCCGAGCCUGGAAACUUGUCGCACACAAGUCGUACAAUUUAACUUGGGUAGCGAUGCAGAAACGUUUUGCUGUGUAUGACACGCCUUUGAUGCAGGAUUAUGAGCACCUGUGGAACACAGAGGCGUUUCUGAACUACACAACAAAUACCGAAAGUAGUAUGUCCAACACAAUCUCGCACGAUUGGCAAGGCACCAUAUGCAAUUCGACGGUAGCGUAUGCGAGUGACUUUUUAGUAUCACAGGUGCGGCUCCUUGUGGAUGACUUCAUAGUCUCAUCUGCACGGCGCUGCCUCCGGCAUUUUUAUGCAUAGGGGUGGGUAUCAUCACUCAUGCUAAUUGCGUUAGCAUCACACCUGAGCAAACCAGAUUGGCAGAAAAGUCCCGGAUCCCUAGUCCCUAUACGGGGGCCCCAAUCUGCGAUGUCAUCUUGUCGGAUAUGUCUCAAACUAU